UGAUGUGAAAACAACUGUGGCUCAGGGAGGGACUCUGAAGGCCGACGGCUUCUCCUUUCCUCACAAGAUUCUCUUAAUUAAUUAUUUCAAGAUCCCUGGCCACAUGUACGUCUCAAAGUAAUUUUUUCGAUAAAAGGCGGAUAUUCGUGGAAAGGAGGGUGAAGUUAGAGCAGAAAUCAGCGUGGAAAGCGAGUGUGAAGCAGAAAUGGACGAGAAGGCGUUUUCGAAAGAGCUCGAUCAGUGGAUUGAACAGCUAAAUGAGUGCAAACAGCUCUCAGAAAACCAAGUCAAGAGUCUCUGCGAGAAGGCUAAAGAGAUCCUGACCAAGGAGUCUAAUGUGCAGGAGGUGCGGUGUCCGGUCACCGUGUGUGGAGAUGUACACGGACAGUUUCACGACCUGAUGGAGCUCUUCAGGAUCGGAGGGAAGUCGCCGGACACUAACUACCUGUUCAUGGGAGAUUAUGUGGACCGAGGCUAUUACUCUGUGGAGACCGUCUCGCUGCUCGUCGCUCUCAAGGUAAGGUACCGUGAACGCAUUACAAUACUUCGAGGGAACCACGAGAGCAGACAGAUCACACAAGUGUACGGCUUUUAUGACGAAUGCUUACGGAAGUACGGCAAUGCAAACGUGUGGAAAUACUUCACAGACCUCUUCGACUACCUUCCCCUCACUGCUCUGGUCGAUGGUCAGAUCUUUUGUCUUCACGGAGGAUUGUCGCCGUCCAUAGACACUCUGGAUCACAUCCGAGCGCUGGAUCGUUUACAGGAAGUUCCUCACGAGGGACCCAUGUGUGAUCUGUUGUGGUCUGACCCAGAUGAUCGUGGAGGGUGGGGUAUUUCUCCGAGAGGUGCAGGCUACACCUUUGGGCAGGACAUCUCUGAGACGUUCAACCACGCUAACGGCCUCACGCUGGUCUCUAGAGCUCACCAGCUUGUGAUGGAGGGUUACAACUGGUGCCAUGAUCGCAACGUGGUGACGAUCUUCAGCGCGCCGAACUACUGUUACCGCUGUGGGAACCAGGCGGCCAUCAUGGAGCUGGACGACACGCUCAAGUACUCUUUUCUGCAGUUCGACCCGGCGCCGCGCAGAGGAGAGCCACACGUCACCCGCCGGACCCCCGACUACUUCCUGUGAACCCAGUAUCACCGUCAUCUUAUAAUCCUCAUUCAGUUUAACCUGAAGGAGAGAGGAAUGGGUAACAGUAGAGAAAAGAGAAAACUGAUCCAAUGAGAAAUGUCUGUGGACCAAAAGGUGUGUGUGUCUGUGCCAUAUCCGAACCGAUCCACGAGCUCCAGAUAUUCCCAGCUGCUCCUGCUUCUGUCCUGCGCUCUUCAGAUGAACACACCGUCUCCUUCAUCAACCCUGUUGUGUUCUGGCCUUUUUUUUUUUUUUUUUUUUUUUCUCAACAGAAGUCCGUUUACAGUUUAUUUCCGUUUUCCAAGCUCUACGGGUGAUUAAUGCUCUUCUAUCCCAACAAGCAGGUGAUAGUGUUUCCUACACUGAACUAGUGAUGUGUGCAGACUGAGAGGCAUACAGUCGUCUGAAUCCUGGAGUAGCUUCAUAUGAUGACUCUGUGUCUGUAUAAAGGGUACCAGUUAAGAAUAAAGAUGAAUCUCGCUCAUGUA